GCGUCAUCGAAACUGUUGAUGUGGGUCUCUGAAAGAUCAUUGUAGAAUAUCCAAGUAACCCCCUGAGUGAGUACUGUGCUGCGUGCACACAGUACAACUGUUUAGCCUUCGCAUGACCCGUGGUUAUUUCUGUGAUAUUAGCAUCUACAUGUAGAAUUAUUAUUCAUACUGAUAUGCUGCCUCAUCCAGCCGUGUUUCACUUCCCAUGGGAGAUCCACCUAAUGAAAGAUGGUGCAUCCGUGCGAACGAGCGGCAGACUAACAAGCUACAAGCCACAGGAGUCCAAAGCCAUUCUUAGCACUCAGCAGUCAUCUAUAUGGUACCAUGUGACUGUGCAAACAACAUUUGUUGAACCUUUCCAGCCCAUACUUGGAGCCCAUUAUCUUGUUCUUGGAGAAAUUGAAAAAGUUGAGGGUGUAAGUGGAGUUGUGCUGUGUGCCCGUGCUUUGAAUUGUGUUGAUGGAGUGGACCUCGCACUAAUGCAGCAGGCCAUUCAGGAACAAAGAUACUUCUUUGAGGAGAGAAAGCCUGAACUGAAUAUGCUAGAACCCUUAUCCCCAUCAAAUGUAUAAUAUCUAUGAAAUGUUGAAAAUAACGUAAAAGAAUAUAAUAAUUUCUGAACACAGUAAUUAUGUCACCACUCAAAGCAUAGAUUUGUCUGUUGGAUUUUGCUAAAACUUCUCAAUUUUACUGUUAUUUAUACUGUUUAACUGUUAUAAACUUGUGAAUAUA